GCGGCCGGGUGGGCGGGAGGAUGACAUCAGCGGCAGGUUGGAUUUAUAAAGGCGCGAGCGGCGCUGCGGGCUCAGAGCGCACCCAGUCGGCACCGCGUAGCUCUGGGACCCGUGCUCACACAGCAGCCCCGCCAGCCCGCUCCGCGUUUGCCUGGGCAUCUGCUCUUGCUGCCGCCUGCGUGUGCCCCACCACCUCAAGGGCACCAUGCACCUCUCCCAACUGCUGGCCUGCGCCCUGCUGCUCACCCUACUCUCGCUCUGGCAAUCCGAAGCCAAGCCCGGUGUGCUAUCGAAGGGCCCGCGAACUCCGCUAGGGGAGGUGGCAGCCGCGUCCCAGGCUGAGAGCGGCGGUCAGAAGAAGCGCGGUGCCAUCAACCUCGGGGGCAACCGGCCGCGAGUGUUCCAGGACACCAAGACUCGAUGGUCCCGCCUUCGCAGAAAAUACCCGAGUCCGGGCAAUAACUGCUUCGGCCAUAAGCUGGACCGGAUCGGCGCCCAUAGUGGCCUAGGAUGUUAGUGCGGCGACCCCUGGCGGAGGCUGGGGAACUUGCUCCGUUUCACUGCGAUUACCCUUGGUCAUCUGGAAGCAGCUCCGAGGCAGCGUGGCUUUUACAUUCUUCUUUCUUCCCUGCGGUACUGGGAAUAGGCAACACCAGCUGUUCUAUUAUUAUUGGGGGAGGGGGUAUGAUUUUAUUGUUUGUUUGUUUAUGAAAAUGAAAAAUAAAAAGUUAUAUAUAUUACAUAUAUAAUAUACAUGAAACACACACCUACACCGACGUGAUGACAAGGGACAGUUUUUCAGAGACUGACAGAACCAGCUGUAAACAUUGCUGUGUGUAAAUUCAUGUCAUGCAUAAAUGUAUUUAUGUUGUAAAGUUAUUUAUAUUGUUUAUAAAGAGAUAUUUAUAAAAAGUUUUAUUUAUGUAACUAAAUGAAAGAAGUCAAUCGUUGUAAUGUUUUUGUAUUAACUAGUUGAAAAAUGUAAAAAAAAAAAAAAAAAAGUCCUU